AUGUAUCUCCGUACCCUAUUGCUGAGUAGCGCACUGCUAGCAACAGCAUGUGCGCACGAGAUCCUAUUCGACCGCGACCUACCUCCCCCAAUUGCGGUCAACGAUGGAAGCUAUACCAACUGCGCAAACGCAGCAUGGCCGCCGUCGAAUGUCGGCGACGAGCUCGUUCCCCAAGCACCAGAUGACGAGCUCAAGGCAAUGGUCGACGAAAUCAACCCAGCGAACGUCGAGGCCAUCAUCACCAAACUUGUCUCAUUCGGUACUCGCCACACGCUCAGUACAUUCAAUAGCACCACCCACGGUAUUAACGCUGCAAGAGAUUGGAUCGCAUCUGAGAUGCGCAAGUAUGCGGCUGAAAGCGAGGGUAGAAUGACAGUACAAGUGCAAAGUUAUGUCCAGGGUGUUGCAAGCAGGAUUCCAUUUCCGGUUACUAUAUCUAAUGUACUGGCAACUGUUAAAGGCUGCGAAGACCCGAACAGAGUGUAUGUCAUGACGGGACACUACGACAGUCGAGUUACCGACGUGAUGAACUAUACUGCCGACGCCCCAGGAGCGAACGAUGAUGCUAGUGGAGUGGCGAUUGCAAUGGAACUCGCUCGCGUCCUAGCAAAGCGCAAGCCAAGAGCCACAAUCAUCCUCGGCGCCGUCGCAGGAGAAGAGCAAGGUCUUUAUGGCGCAGGGUAUCUCGCCGGGACACUCAAAAACUCCAGCACAAACGUAGAAGGGAUGUUGAACUGCGACAUCGUCGGCUCAUCGACCGGUGAUCGCGGCCAAAAAGAUCCAUUCACGAUCCGCGCUUUCGCCCAGGGCCCACCUCCUUACGAGUCCACCACCACAGCAGCACGCAGACUGCAAAUAGGCGGGGAAAACGACAGUCCCGCGAGAGAACUAGCACGAUUCAGCGCCGAAGUCGCAGCCAACAAAGCCACAGGAAUGAACGUCGCCAUCAUCUACCGUCUAGACAGAUUCCUCCGAGGCGGCGACCACACGCCUUUCCUACAGGCAGGCUUCCCAGCAAUCCGCUUCACGGAGCCCAACGAGAAUUUCAACCACCAGCACCAAGACUUACGAACCGAGAAUGGCACCGUUUACGGCGAUCUCAUCGACUUCGUGGAUUUCGAGUACACGGCGCGCGUCGGAAAAGUCAAUCUAGCAACGCUCUGGUCGCUCUCGCAGGCCCCUGGCUUGCCGCGAAACGUCACUGUCGACACGACCGUGUUGGACAAUGAUACGAGGUUGAAGUGGAUCGCGUCGAAUGACACGAGUUUGGCGAGCUAUGAGGUCGUGUGGCGCGCGACUACGGCUAGUUUGUGGACGCAUGUGUUGGAUGUGGGGAAAGUUGAUAGUGUGACGUUGCCGCUUAGCAAGGAUAAUGUGAUUUUUGGUGUCAGAGCUGUAGGGUCGAAUGGGUACAAGAGUCCUGCUGUUUAUCCGUUUCCCGGGUAG